UCUUUGCGUGGAGGAGACUGCGGGAAAGAAGCAUCCGUCAUGGCGGGGCGCGGGAAAAGAAAACCCAGAUCUUUGCCGCAGACUGAGACGCCAAACGGUGAGGUGAAGAAAGCAAAAGAAGAGCUGAAGGAUGAUAAGACAUCUGUCGGAGAAGAAAUGAGGGAAGAAGUGGAAAGACUGUACAAGCUGCGCAUGCCUGAUGAUUUUUUCCAGUUUUGGGACUUUUGUGAAGGUCUUAAUGCUGACUGUCCACAAGAUGCCCUAAAAAACACACUUGGACUUCAGCUAGUUGGCCCGUUUGAUAUCCUGUCCAAAAAGCACAAAAACUCAUCUUCUCAGCCCAACUUUCACCUUCAUUGGCGUUAUUUCUAUGAUCCCCCAGAAUUCCAGACCAUCAUACAGGGCAAUGCAGACACCCAACACCACAUGGGAUACUUCAGGGAUUUGCCUGAUGCUUUACCUGUCUUCAUUGGGGAGAAUGAAGCCAAGAAGGGGUAUACCAUCACACAGUUGGGGGACAAUAUUUUUGCAGCUGUUCUGCUGUUUUUGCAAAAGAAAAAGAAGGAGAAGAGACAACAGAAGGAUGACGCAGCUUUGAACAGGCUAGAAGAAGAUUUAAAGCGAGAGGCAGAGCGGUUGGGUUUACCUCUGGAGCAAAAGACUAAAUCAAUGAAACAAAGAGAGAGAAAGGUGGUCACAAAGACGUUCCAUGGAGCAGGAAUUGUUGUUCCAGUGGAUAAAAAUGAUGUCGGAUAUAGAGAAUUGCCAGAAUCUGAUGCAAGUCUGAAGAAGAUUUGCAAAGCGAUCGCUGAGGCCAAAGAUGAUGAGGAGAGGAUGAAAGCUUUCGCACCCAUUCAGGAAAUGAUCACCUUUGUUCAGUUUGCCAAUGAUGAAUGUGACUAUGGCAUGGGCUAUGAGCUUGGGAUAGAUCUGUUCUGUUACGGCUCACAUUAUUUCUUUAAGGUGGUCCGGCAGCUGCUGCCAAUGGCAUACAAUUUGCUGAAGAGAGGUCUGUUUGGAGAGAUACUGGAAGCGCACCUCGCCAGUCGUUCCCAGGACAACCUUGACCAGCUCGCUGCUGUCUGACGUGUACCGAGAGGAUAAGCUAUUCAGAAUGACUUCCUGUAAAUGGUGUGUCAGGGUGGGAUCCGACAGAUUACACUGCACUAAAUUACGCUGUUUGGUGGUGCUACAAAUUUUAGUCUUUAUCAAAUGUGUAUUUUACCAGUACAUUUGCAUAUGUUUCAUUUGUAACUUGAUUAAAAGGCACAUCUUUGUAACUCAGCUUUAGCUAAGGGUUUUGGCUCUCCUUAAAAUUACUCCUACAUCAAAAGUGAAAUUGAGUUCUCCACACCAGGUACUUCAUCCAGAGAAUCAACAUUUUGUGAGUAAUACUAUGCACACCUGAUUUCCUUUUCAUUCACCUUCUCAGUCCAGUAAAGCUUAGAGAAAUGAGUUAAAGCUGCUUGGCGUUCAGUAUGUUCCAUGUAUUAUUUACGAUUCCACUUUCUGCAUUUCCAUUAACUCAAUUUGCAUAACCCAGUUGCUUGAAAGCAAAAGACCCUUCAGUUUGCUAGUUUAACUGUGCAGCGAGUCUUGAGUUCUCAUCAGCAGCUUGGUUGUGGUUUCAGAUCAGUUUGUCUUUGUAAAAGUGGAACUUAUUACGUAUCAUAUGCAGCUCAUUCUGAUUGUUAAAAUGGUACCCUUAAGUAAUCUGAGAACUUAAGUUAGAGAAUGAAUUUUCAUGGUCAAGUUCUAUUUGUUUGUCAUUGUUAUGAUCAUUCCGUUAUUGUCAUCCAGUACUGAUCCAAAGUAGAUGUUUAAUAAAGUGUUUAUUUUUUA